ACCGCCGAGCUCGCCUCUUCCUACGCGGCCCUGAUCCUUGCCGACGAUGGCAUUGAGAUCACCGCCGACAAGCUCCAGACCCUGAUCGCCGCCGCCAAGGUCGAGGUUGAGCCCAUCUGGACCUCAAUCUUCGCCAAGGCUCUGGAGGGCAAGGACAUCAAGGACCUCCUGGUCAACGUCGGCUCCCGCCGCCGACGCGCCCGCUGAGGAGGAGAAGAAGGAGGAGGAGAAGGAGGAGUCCGACGAGGAUAUGGGCUUCGGCCUCUUCGAC